AGACCAUGGCAGCCAUUCCCUCCAGCGGCUCGCUCCUGGCCACCCACGACUACUACCGGCGUCGCCUGGGCUCCACUUCCAGGAACAGCUCCUGCGGAAGUGCGGAGUACCCUGGGAAGCCAUCCCCCACCCGCCCGGGUCUCCCCAAAGCCUACCCGGGACGCUGGUGGGCUAGCUUCUUUUUCGGGAAGUCCACUCUCCCAUUCAUGGCCACAGUGUUGGAGUCCCCAGAGCACUCAGAAUCGCCCCAGACCUCCACCUGCACCAUCACCUGUGACCUGGCGCGGGAAGACAUGGGGAAGCAGCAGCCUGGCGGCCAGCCUGGCAAAACCAACUCCGGGCCCUGUACGGAUUGUCUGCCACCAGCUGCCAGGCUUCAUUUCAAGGCGCGAGGCUCGUAA